AUUUGGUUGGUGCCCGCAAAAAUCAUCAUCCCGCGGCAUGGCGAACCUCAAGGGCGGCAAGGCGGGGCAGAAGAAGAAGCCGGGCGACUUUAAGCGGCCCAAGCGCAAGGUCGGGCGCAAGGUCACGCCGUCCAACGUCACGAAUGCGAGCAUCACGUCCCGGCGCAUCAACAUCACGGAGCAGAGCGUGCUCCAGGACAAGACGGGCGCGGCCGUGACCCAUCGCAACCAGACGCUCCAGGACAUCCUCUCCAAGAUGUCGCAUUACAACGCGCACGUCCGCCGCGACGCGCUCUUUGCGCUCAAGGAGCUCGUGGGCUUGCACGGCAUGACGCUCGUCACCAACGUCGGCAUCGUCGUCGAGCGCGUGCUGCAGGCCAUGAUGGACGACGAAGCCGUGGUCCGCGAGGCGUGCGUCGGCGCCUGGAAAAGCUGUCUCGGCAGCUUGACGUUGACCAAGUCCGAGUCGGUGCUCGAGCCGUUCACGUCUUUGAUUGCAGUGUAUUUCUGCAGUGGCCUCACGCAUAUCAAGGCCGGCGUCCGCGAAGACGCGCUCGAGCACAUCGAUGCGCUCCUUGAUCUCCCAGUGUGUGCGAACCUCCUCGCGCGCUGCCUCUCGGCCGACCAGUGCGGCCAGCUGCUCGAGAACCUCAAGGACCUCGUGUCGCCCAAGCAAACGACCGUGCAGGUCAAGAACUCGUACUCGCUCUUGGCCGAGCGCAACAAGGCUAAGCAGGCGCAGCUCCAGACACAGGUGCUCAAAGGUCGCUUCUUUGCGGUCGCGGCCGCCCACAAGUUUCUUCGUGCACUCGCGGCCCAGACGCCGUCGACCACCUUGCCGGCAGCGACAAGCGCAUCGGUCCCGUCGCAUGCCGCCAGUGGCACAAUCCUCCUCUUUCCAGCGCCGCAGUUUGUGGGGUGGAGCCCGACGCCGGCAUCGGCGGUGCAGAAUGCCAACACGACCGCCUCGGCGGCGUCGUGGGCGAAUAAGGCCGUGACGCUCCUCCGCGCCCUCCUCGCGCUUUGGAUGGAAGCCCACGACGAGCGCGCCAACUUGAGCCAAGAGGCGCUCAUGCACAUGGUGCUGAUCGCGGACUGCGCGACGAUGCUCGUGCGCGAAGCCUCGGCGUACAUAGACGGUCCGACGAUGAAGGCAUUCCAGUCGGCGUUUUUUGAAGAUUUUCCCAAAGCGUCGCCGGAUCCGCUCCGCAUCGACAUUGCAACGCUCCACCAUUGGAACGCGCUCAACUUGGCGAUGGCGCAAUUUGGCGUCGAGUGCCUCCGCACCGGCGCGGCGCUGCCGGGCGUCAACCUCGACGAGAUGAUUGCGAUGUUUCUGGCCGCCGAGUUGAAGGAGCUGCAAGCGGACAAGGAGUCGUCGACGAUCGCGCACUCGGCCAGCUCGAUGAAGACGCGGCUCGACAUUCUCUUGUUGCUGCUCGAGCGCCAGCCGCACCCGUCGCUCCUCGAUUCGUUUACAUCACUUUACAAGGCGGCGGCGCCGCAGUCGGCCAUGUUCCGCACCUGCACGGCGUUCGUGCUGCAGUACUUGACGCCGACGCUCAACGCCGCCCCGAGCACGCCGCUGGAAUGGGACCUGAUCUUGACGUGGAUGGAGCAACUGGGCCACUUUUUGCAGCUGCCGCACGCCGAAGCGCACCACGAUGCGACGCUGGCCAAGGUGUUUCGCGUCUGCAUUGCAAUCCUCAAGCGUCUUCCAGAGUCGUCCCAUGCGUCGCCGGCCCUCGCGUCGUGGCUCUCGCGCGUCAUGGCGUUCUUUACCGAGACGACCGAGACCAACUGGGUCGGUAGCAUGUCGCCAUUGACGCAAAUCGAAGCGGCGUCGUGCCUCUACCACCUCCCGUCGUUCCCGCCCGCGUUUCUGAAGACGCUCGCGCUGUGCUGCAAGUCGCCGGGCGUCAGCAUCGACGCCAAGUCGUUCCUCGUGGACAUUGUUGCCAAGCACGAAGCGCGGUUUGAACGCGGUGCGCUCUUGAGUUUCUACCUCAGUACGCUCUUUGCUCCGACGAACCAAGCCAUUGCUGCCCAAGUGUGCCGCGUCCUCACGUGGAUGUCGCUCGGUGCGUCGCUCUCGUCGAUCCUCGCGCCAAUUCUCUCCAAGCAGUCACUCGACGACCAUGCGCUGCCCCUCGUCCUCGCCUACGUGGCGUGCCUCCGCUCCAGUACGAUUGUGUUCCGCAAGGCGGGCCAAGAGCUCGAGAAGCGACCUGUGCCCGACGUGCUCCGAGCCCAGGUCACGAGUGUCUUUGCGCACGUGCUGACGGCGCCGGCGCCAACGUCGCUUCUGCUUCCGCAGGUCGUCGACGGUCUCCUCUACUGCAACGGUGCCUUCGUCGACCUUGCAAGUCACUUUUUCAGCGCCCAGUCGUUGACCGACGCGCUGGGCCUGUUCCGGGAAGCGCGCUUGCGUCCGCUCGUGCUGCUGUACAAGAUCGAGCUGCAAGCGUUGGUGGCGGAUGUCGACGAAGCGACUGCCGACGCUAAUGUCGUGCGCCAGAUUCGAAACGAGCUCCAGCUCAUCACCAAGGACGUUGCGUAAACGGUACAUUUGUCCAACCAACGUCACUCGACCGCACCCUGCCAUUGAAUAGUAUCUUUAUUUCUUCGCCAUAUUCUCUGUUGAAGUAGAAAAGACACCUUGUCUGUCGACACCAGACUCGACACCAUAGUAUCGCGAGUGUCGGCGCCACUAAUAUAAAGCUCUCUC